UGGCCUUGCUCUUUGCUGGCUAAGAGCUCUUCAGAAUCAUCAACGCCCCAGGGACAACAUUAUCAUAACACCCAGCAUGACCGACUCGACCGUUACGGGCUCCUCGCGGCCCCUGAAGCGGUAUGCCAUAGUGGGCACGGGCGGCCGCGCCAUCUUCUUCUACUCGUCGAUUGCGCGGGACUACCGCAACACGUCCCGGAUCGUGGGCUUCUGCGACACGAACCAGACACGCAUGAACUACGCCAACAGCAAGCUCGCCGAGCUCGGCCACGACCAGGUCCCGACAUACCUCGCUGCCGACUUUGACGCCAUGAUCCGCGACACGAAGCCCGACGAGCUCAUCGUGACGACCAUCGACCGCACGCACGACAUCUACAUUGUCCGCGCGCUCGACCUCGGCAUCAACGUCAUCACCGAGAAGCCCAUGACCAUCGACGUGGCCCGGUGCCAGCGCAUCUUUGACGCCGUCGAGCGCACCGGGAAGAACGUCCGCGUCACCUUCAACUACCGCUACGCGCCGCACAACACAAAGGUCGCGGAGCUGCUGUGGUCCGGGGCCAUCGGCCAGGUGACGUCGGUGCACUUUGAGUGGAUGCUCAACACGUCCCACGGCGCCGACUACUUCCGCCGGUGGCACCGGCAGAAGAGCAACUCGGGCGGCCUGCUGGUGCACAAGUCGACGCACCACUUCGACCUCGUCAACUUCUGGCUGCGCACGCGGCCCGAGACGGUCUACGCGCAGGGCGACCUCAAGUUCUACGGCCGCGAGAACGCAGAGGCCAGGGGUGAGCAGCCCGGCCGCGCGUACAGCCGCGCCCACGGCAGCGAGGCGGCCCAGAGCGACCCCUUUGCGCUGCACCUCAAGGACAACCCCCAGCUCAAGGCCAUGUACCUCGACGCCGAGCACGAGGACGCGUACUACCGCGACCAGGGCGUCUUCAGCGACGGCAUCAGCAUCGAGGACACGAUGAACCUGCUGGUCCGGUACAAGAACGGCGCCGUCAUGACGUAUUCCCUCACGGCGUAUGCGCCCUGGGAAGGAUUCCGGGUCUGCUUCAACGGCACCGGGGGCAGGAUCGAGCUCGACGUCGUCGAGAACAGCUACGUCAACUCUGGAGGAGACCAGGCCGCCGAGGGGUCGAUCGAGAAGCGGUCGUUGCUGCUCAGGCCGCUGCUGGAGAAGCCUGUCGAGGUGGAGAUCCCAGACGGGGUCGGAGCGCAUGGCGGUGGCGAUACUGUGCUGUUGCAGGAUCUGUUUGGUGAGCCCGUGUCGGACGAGUACAUGCGUGCGGCGAGCCACAUAGACGGGGCCAUGUCGAUCCUGACAGGCAUCGCAGCGAACCGGUCGAUUGCUACAGGGCAAGUUGUCAAAGUCGACGAUGUGCUGAGGAUACCGUGAAGGCGUUUAAAGUAGGAAAACUAAGAUGGAGAGAUGCACAUGGCAAAAGUGGAAGGCGUAGUACAAUGAGAUUCAACAGAGACGCA